AUGACGUUGAGGGACGGAGCGGAAGGGGUGGAGCGCGAUGCGGUGCGUGCGGUGGAGCUGUUUGAGAUAGACAUCAAGGAACGGAAGCAGAGCAAGUCAAUGGUGUGUCUUGGAAACAUGAUGCGGGACGGGGCGGACGGGGUGGCCCGCGACACGGAUCGGGCGAUACAGUUGUACGGGAUGGCAGUCGAGGAAGACAACAACGCGGAGGCGGUAGCCCAACUUGCGGCGUUGCAGCGGGACAGAUCAGACGGUAGUACGCGGGACGAGGGUGAGUGA